AUUGCUUUGUGCUCGAUUUCUGCUUUGGGAACGAUGCAUAAAUACUUGACAGUGUCCCAAAAAAAACGUGCGUUCAUGAAAAAUUAACAACAAAUUAACUCGUAGUGUUCACUUCGCUCACGUGGCCUGACUUUAGUUAAUUGAAUUAACAAUUUUUUGCAAUUAACCCUAGUUCACAGUGCCGACGAGGAAAUGGCGCUUAAGUUUUGGAUUGUAGAGGUUUACCAGUUGAAUGACGAGCACCAAGCAACUCCGAAAUAUAACAGGAAAGUAAAAUUGAGAACGGACUACGACCCGCAGGGCAUUAGCGUCAGGUUUUUAGAUUUCGAUGAAACAAAUCAGCUGUUAGAAUUCCCAGUAGAUUCAAGUACAGAGUGUUGUAGAGUAGGAUCCUCGUCAUAUUUAUUUACUAUAGACAACGAGACCCUCCUAGUUAAGUUUAAUAAUAGAGAUGAAGCUAGAACUUUCACAGUAGCAAUAACUAAAGUUAAGUCCGGUAGAGAUGCCUCAGUAUUCUCGGUACGAACUGAAGACUCCUCAGCCACUCAGUAUUUCCAGUUUUACGGUUACCUCUCCCAGCAGCAAAACAUGUUGCAAGACUUUGUUAGGACUUACACGUAUCAGAGAGCAAUAUUAUGUAACCUAGAUGACUUUAAGGACAAAGUGGUAUUAGAUGUAGGUGCCGGUUCAGGAAUUUUGUCGUUCUUUGCAGCUCAGGCGGGAGCAAAGCGUAUCUAUGCAGUGGAAGCCUCGACAAUGGCGCAUUACGCACAGAAACUAGUUGAAGCGAAUAACUUAUCCAGCUCAAUUAAAGUGAUACCCGGUAAAAUAGAGGAAAUAGACAUACCCGAGAAAGUAGAUGUUAUAAUAUCUGAACCGAUGGGUUACAUGCUCUACAACGAGCGAAUGUUGGAAUCAUACUUGAACGCUAAGAGGUGGUUAGCCCCCGGAGGAAAGAUGUACCCCUCUAGAGGUGAUUUACAUAUAGCGCCGUUCACAGACGACGCCCUCUACAUGGAACAAUACAGCAAAGCGAAUUUCUGGUUUCAGACUUGUUUCCACGGCGUAAACCUCUCGGCGCUUCAAAACUGUGCCGUUAAAGAAUACUUCCGGCAACCCAUAGUAGACACGUUCGAUGUAAGGAUAUGUAUGAGCAAAUCGAUAAGGCACGUAGUUGAUUUCUUGGAUGCCGACGAGACGGAUCUCCACACGAUAGACAUACCUUUAGAAUUUCACAUUCUAGAGUCGGGUACUUGUCACGGGUUAGCGUUCUGGUUUGACGUAGCCUUUGCCGGUUCGCAGAACACGAUCUGGUUGAGUACGGCUCCGACAGAACCUUUGACACAUUGGUAUCAGGUGAGGUGUUUGCUAGAGCAGCCUCUUCUGCUCAAGCAAGGGCAAGUGUUGACUGGUAGAGUUAUACUGAUCGCUAAUAAGAGGCAGAGCUACGAUGUUACUAUUGAACUGACAGUGGAGGGCACGUCGCAAACGUCUAAGAAUACUCUGGAUUUGAAAAAUCCAUAUUUUAGGUAUACAGGAGCACCAGUUCAACCUCCUCCAGGUGUUUCUAACGUUUCUCCCAGUGAGAGCUACUGGAGCCAGUUGGACGCGCAGGGAGUCCGAAAUGCCGUCAAUAUGGUGAACGGUAUGUCGGUAAACGGUUUGGGAGAAGUUUCGAUGGACACAACGCAGACUUUGAUAAAUAAUAAUUUAAUGGCCAGUAAUCUCAUCGCCUUAGUAGAUCCGCAGCAUAUGGCAGAAUCAGCGCAGCCCAACAUUCACCCUGGCUGCAUAUCGAGCACGGGCAGGGGCAGGGUAGCGGCCAGCCCUACAUCGACGCACACCGCGCAGCUUAUCGGGGGUGCGAUAUCCCCGUCGCUGUUCACCUCGCCCAGCCAUCACCAGCAGCAACCCUUAGUCAUGGCCAACUACCCCGUCAGCGCCAACUUAAUGAUCGGCGAUUACAUGAAACCGGGCAACGGGGUGGCGAUGCCCGCCGUCUACCGCCAGUAGUGUAGUUAUUUAUUUUCAGUGUGGAUGGUGUGUGACAGACGUGCGUGUGUUUUCUUGGACGAGGCCAGUUUUAGCUCGCGGUUUCAACCCGUUCGGGUAACAUUUCGAGACUACAUAGUUGAUUUUACGAGAUUCAGUGGAUUUUAUGGUUUUAAGAGCAAUUUUUACAACACGCUGGAGGCAAAUACGUUAUUUGUCCUACGUUACGAGUUAAUCUCUACAUUUCUUUAGUUUUCAUGAAAAUAUUUUACAUACAAAUGUGUAUCUAAUUUUAGAAAUUUUUAUAUACUUUAAAAAUUCAGUGAUUUUAAAACGUUUUAGGAAUAGCUAUGCAAAUGAAAUCGUUUAAUUGUUUUAAUCUCGUCCAGGAAAAAAGCGGUCGUCUUUAUUAUUUUCAUAACGUUAGCGAGCUCAAGAACUUUAAAAGAAAGAUCUGCUGUAGCGGCAACUAAUGCGUAUAUUUUUAAUUCUUAAUUUUUAGAAUUAUUUAUGAUGUUUUAUGAAUGUGAUUUUUUAAAUGGAUUCCUCAAGGUUGGGGCGGUAUCGUCGACAUAACGUACGGAUAAAUAUUUUAUAUUCCUGAGCUCUUUAGAAGCUUGACGGGUCAAAAUCUAGGUGCCGUUUUUUCAGCGCAUUACAUUUUAAGACUGAUCUGCCAUCGCUAUCUUGUUUGCCAAAAGAUAUGGGUGUGGCAGGAUUAUAUUUGUAAAACCUUGCUUUUUAUUACGUCCUUAGUACACGUAGGUAUUCAGAUUUCUUUCUCGUCUGAAAUUUUGUCUUCGGCUGCGUUUACCCUCCCAAAUCUGGAGAGUCGGACGGCUAUUCUAUAGGACCAAGCCUUACGUUACGAACAUUUUUGAGGAAACGUUUUUAUUGGGAUUUUUUUUAGAUGUGUAUAUGUCUUUUAAUUUUGUCUAGUUUAUAUCAUAGGCAUGUAUAACCGUGUAUGUAGACUGCAAAUAGAUAAAUGUUUUUACUGUUUAAAGGCCUUCGCUUAAAGACUGCUCUUGUAAUAGUAAUAAUAAUAUAACUGCGUCUAUAAUGAGGCAUUGUGGUAUCUUUGACCGUCAGACUUCCAAAGAGGCUUGUGCCCAUAGGCGUGUGCUCUUUUUUUAUUUAGGCGACAGUUUUGCGUAUGAUUUUGUGAUGUUUAUUUGCGUGCGGUGAUAACUUUACGAAGGCGUCUUUAUUUUUUGGGAUGUCGUAUCCAUGGCCUUAGCUUAUUUGAAUGCGGCAGGGAUUCUUCAUAAUUUACGCCGUGGGCGACCUCAAACAAUCGUAUCAAAUCUUCCGGAACGAUUUUUUUAAGGCGAAACGCUGAAAAUAACCCUCGAGCAAGGCUCCCGUCGAUUUUUUUGAGUCGUCCGAAAUAUAUACACGAUUCGUAGUGUACAUUUUAUGAUUAAAAAAACGCUUAUUUUACUUUUUGUAUUCAUACUCGUAAGGGUUAGUUUUAAUUUGUUCACAUCACCAGCUGAGACUUUUAUGUUAUUUAUGAAAUUACUUUACAGCCGAAGUGUAUUUAUUGAUUAUUUUAGGAAAUUCCUACUCGAUAUUAUAUGUUAUACGACAGUCGCUUAUGGUUUUUCUUUUUGUAAUUGUAAGAAAACCUGACAAUAGGAAAUGAUUUUGUUGUAAUUUUUAAUAUUAUGUAACUUGUAUAUUUUUUUGUUUGUGGUUUGUCUGAAGUGUAGAACAAUCUCUAGGCUAAUAAAAAAAAAAGGUAUACCAGG